GCUGCAGCAAGAGCUGCAGAAACUGGAGAAGGAAUACAACGCCUUUGGAGAAGCUGGAAAGGAGCACUUGAAGGCGAAGAAGGUUAAGGCAGAGAUAGACAAGGUACAGGAGCAGCUGGCCUUGAUGGAAAAGAACAAGAAAUGGAAUGCUGACAACAUGUGCAAGACUGCCGACCAGAAGAUGGUAGUCUCAGAAACCAGAGAAACGCCUGGGCCGGAGCCCCGGCUGCAAGGCGAAGCGGUCGCUGAAGGAUACUGUGAGUUCAUCGAAGAGAACGAGGAUUUACUUGAAAGCUAUAUCUCUUUGGGCGCCGAAGAGGACUUGGAGAAGGUAGCCAACUUUCUCCGCGAGCAUGGUGGCAAGCUGCUUCAGGGAGAGCAUGCCGAGUCGAGGGCCCAGUGCUCUCCUUUCAUCCCCUUUCCGAGCUUUAGAUAUUUGUGCCGGGAUGGGCCACUCCAAAACAUCUUGUGGAUCACCCCGUCCUACCUAUUGUUAGAUUGCCUGGAGAAGGAGAUGAACGAUCUUCACCAGGAGAUGGCUCAGUCUGCACGGCAGUUGCAGUUGCUGACACAGCUGCGUGAGUUUUCCCGCGCGGCCGGACGGCCCGCACGAGACUCGGUGAACCCCAUCUUCCAAAAGUUGAUUGAGCAUGAAGGAACAAGAGAAUCCUUCGAUGAGACGGUGCAGAACUUCAUCCAGCGUGUGGAGCGCCGUGCGGUGGUCAAGAAGAAGGAGAUGGAUGCCGAAAUGGAAGAAGAAAGGAAGAAGCUCAAUCCUUUGGGGCCUGGAGGGCUGGACCCGUUGGAGGUCUUCGAGACGCUGCCAGCAGAGAUGCAGAUCGCUUUCAAGACAAAGGAUGCUCAAAGGUUACAGGCAGCUGUGGAGGCGCUGCCGGAGGAGGAAGCGAGGUACCACCUCCAGCGCUGCGAGGACAGUGGCCUCUGGGUGCCCAGCCAGCAGGCACAGAGCAUUCUCAGAGAACUUUACUAA